CCCUGAUGGUCGCGAUCCGUCUUACUCGAUCCUCUUUUCAUUUUGAAAACAAAACCGCCGCCGUUGUCCUGACACUGAAGACAACAAAUAUCAAAUCUGGCCAUUUUAAAGAAAUGGAUUAUCUAGACUUUUCAGAGGAAGAGAUCGAGCAGCAGUUGGCUGCGCUUGGAUACCAAAAUAUUCCUAAAGAAAGACUGCGGGAAUUCAAACAAGAUUUAGAUCAGCUCAUUCGUCAUGAAAAGUCUAGGAGUCAGAGCUCGAGCGAGUGGACUUCUCCAUCUGUCAGCCGAACUGGCAAAAGUCCACCUGCACUGAUCAAAGAGAAAGUUCAUUUAAACAACAUUGGCCCCAGUCGAAACUACGCUCUCUUUAAUACCAGUUCACUGGAACAACAUCGAGACCUUUUCACCUCUACAUUUAAUGAGGAUGAUACUGGAGACUCGGAUAUGAAUCAUUAUUAUGACUCAUAUUCACGGCACUCAGUAGCUCACAGACCUGCCCGGCCCUCCACAGCACCCAACAGACUCGAAACUGAGGAAAGACCCUCUGAAAGCUUUGACUCGGAUGUCAGUCACACCACAAGUCCUGAAAGAGAAACUUGGGCUCAAAAGAAGCCAGUGAUUAAACGGAAAGUGCUAAGGAAGCAUCAAGGUCAAUCUUGUGUCUAUGAUGAGUCAACACACAGUGAAGAUUCAAGUGCAAUUAGUGAGCUGGAGGAGCGUCUGGACCAAAUGCAGAUCGGUGCGCCACGUGCGCAAUACGACUCUGAGAGUGAAGCAGGAAGCUAUAGCGACAAAUCCAGUUCUGCAACAGAUGAACACCCAAGUGCCUUUAGAAAAUACAUGAAGGGCUUGAAAAGAUCGCACAGUGAGAGCGAUAUCCGACCUCGUCCAAAGUCAUUUAUACGGCCUGUUUUUGAACAUCCUCACACAAGGAACUGGAAGAAAUCGGAUCCAGUUGCUAGGUAUUUCCAGUAUAAGCAGGAAUGGGAAAUGUUUAAACCUCCAGGAGAAAAGAGCAGGAAGGAGUUGCACUGGGCCAUCAGGGAACAACUUCAUUAUCAGCCUCCACCACAGAAACCACAGAAGACAUACAUCCCUAACAAUUACGUGGUCCCAACAGAAAAGAAGCGAUCUACACUGAGAUGGGAAAUCCGACAUGAUUUAGCACACGGCAUUAUUCCAACAAAAAUCACCUACCCCUAACAGAUUAUUCCAUUGGUGCCUUAUACAUUUUAAUGCUUUUUAAUUGUUUUAUUCAUCCUGUUAUUUAUUCAUAUGAAAACAUAGUUGAUACUGUGUGUGUGUGUGUGUGUGUGUGUGUGUGUGUGUGUGUGUGUGUGU